CCCUCACACUCUACUACGCCAACCUCAAAACAGUCCAAACCUUUUUGUCUUCAGAACAGGUGACAAGUUAUCUUGGCAGGAACUUUACACACACAAAGGAUACAUAUCAACCGGCCCCGUUCCCUAUGGUUCACAAACAUUUCACGGUCAAGCAAUACAGUCGUUGGAGACACAUUACCAGUAUUCAACCGAAGACCACAAUUCUGGGCAUAUUUAGCAGGGCCCAAUGCCCUCAACUUCAUCAAAGUGAAAUGGAACGCCAUCACUCGCCAGCUGAUUACAG